GCGGGGCCUGCGGGACUCGGGGCGGGGCUGCAGCCAUGGCGGCCGUGUCCGGGUCAGUUCGCCUGCAGCGCUGCGUGGUGUCGCCGGCGGGGAGGCACAGCGCCUCCCUCAUUUUCCUGCACGGCUCAGGUGAUUCUGGACAAGGAUUGAGAAAGUGGAUCAAGCAGGUUUUAAAUCAAGAUUUAACAUUCCAACACAUAAAAAUUAUUUAUCCAACAGCUCCUGCCAGGCCCUAUACUCCUAUGAAAGGAGGACUCUCCAACGUGUGGUUCGACAGGUUUAAAAUAUCUAACGACUGCCCAGAGCACCUUGAGUCUAUCGAUGUGAUGUGUCAGGUGCUCACAGACUUGAUUAAUGAUGAAGUAAAAAGUGGCAUCAAGAAGAAUAGAAUAUUAAUAGGAGGCUUUUCCAUGGGAGGGUGCAUGGCGAUGCAUGUGGCGUAUAGGAAUCACCAAGAUGUGGCGGGAGUGUUUGCUCUUUCCAGUUUCCUGAAUAAAACCUCUGCUGUUUACCAGGCUCUGCAGAAGCGUGCUGGGGCGCUCCCCGAGCUGUUCCAGUGCCACGGGACUGCUGACGAGCUCGUCCUUCAUUCUUGGGGGGAAGAGACAAACUCGGCCUUACAGUCUCUAGGGGUGAGCACCAGGUUCCAUAGCUUCCCGGGGCUUUUCCAUGAGCUAAGCACAGGGGAGCUAGAGAAACUGAAGGCCUGGGUUCUUGCAAAGCUGCCAGGAGAAGUGGAGAGGCACAAGGAGUAAAUCGAGACUCACUUGUUGCCCUGGCUGUUGUGGCUCAGUGGUUAAGCGUCGACCCACGAACCAGAUUGAGGUUCGACUCCGGUCGGGGCACAUGCCCGGGUUGUGGGCUUCAUCCCCAGGAAGGGGCGUGCAGGAGGCAGCCGAUCGAUGAUUCUCUAUCAAUAAAAACAUGUUUUAAAAAAGGAUUCAGUUGUUAACACAUGUCAUGCCUUCAUGAAAAGUGAAUUUUACUGCCAAAUUUUAUGGUUAAUGGUAAUUAAAAUAUUAAUAAAUAUCAACAGUUUACCAACUCGUUAUUGUAAUGCCUAGCACCAUAGAGAAUAGUACAGUGUUAUUAUGGCAAACAUUAAUUUAGACAAAUGUAUAUUAUUUUUAGAGUCAUUUUUUGUAAAUACAGUGUAUCCCCCCAAAAUGUAUACACACUUUAACAGCUGAUUUCUAUUACAUUUUGAAAAUGAAAUGUGUUUUAAUAAACACUGCCUUUAUUCAAAGUGUGUAUACAUUUUGGGGGGACAUCUUGUAUUUGUAGACCUUUUAAGUAAAUAUUAAAAAUUUUUAAAGUAUUCAAAAUAGUUUAAGAGCAAUAAGGAAAUAUGAAAAGACCUAACAUGGUAUUAUUUAUCUUUCCUAUUACUUUCUUUAAAUUACCUUUCCAGAGAGACUUAUGUCUCUGUAGUUUUUGACAGAAUAACCUUUAUUCCAAGUUUACAAGGUGGCUGCACAGGGUCUCCCUUGACCAUCACAAGAGCUUGGUAAAGCAGACUGAGUAGCUGUCACUGGUCUUUGGGAGUAGGGGUAGGAGGGUGAAAGACUUCGCCGAAGCCUCCAGAGCCAGGCCUCCUGAGUCUCAGUGGAGCUCUCUCUGUUAGAAGCCGCUGCUCUAGUCCUGGAGGUCCAGGUAUGCUCCAUCUUUUCUACUUUAUCCAUCUAGUCGGUGUAUCACAUGGCGCAUUCUCCUGAUGACAUUUCAGUUUUAUGUGCCCACUUGUAAUCUGCAUACAUUUUUUGAUUAUAUAUCUAACAAAUUCUUUGCCCAUUUUUAUUAGGAUGCUUGUCUGGAUGCUCUGUAAGAGAUUUUCCAUACAUGCCAGGCACCAACUAUUUUGGGGGGAAACGAAUCCUUGGUUAGAUGUUCUAUAAAAUUUAGUCUAUGGCUUGCAUUUUUUUUUCUUGCCAGUGUAAUUAAAAUAACAAAAGCUUAUUAAUAUUUUAAUUUAUAUUAUGUGCUUUUAAUGUCAUGGUUAAGAAAGCCAAGGUCACUAAGAUUUGUCUUCUAUAUUUUCUACUGGAAGUUUUAUAGCUUUAGAUCUUAGAUGUAGUCUGUGGUCAGUUUCAGGUAAACUUCUAUAUACGGUAAGAGUUAAGUAUCAAGGGUCAUUUUUUGCAUAUCCAAUUAUUCCAGCACCACUUGUUGGAAGGACUGUCAUUUCUCCACCGACUGGCCUUUUGCAGCGGUGUUGAAAUUUCAGCUGUUGAAGCACAAGUAGGUUCCUUUCUGGACUCUUUUGUUCCAUGGAUUUACUGUCUGACUUGAUUUCUGUAGCUCUGUAAUAAGUCUGGAGAACAGAUUGCAGUGUUAUUCCUCUUUUAUCAAGUCUUUGAUAUUUACCCACUUAUUUACCUACCUUUUUCAUUGCUCUUCAAUCCUUAAUGUAGUUUCAGAUUUCCACAUGGUCCCUUUCUCCUUCUGCCUGAAAUAGUAGAUACCAUUUGUGGUAGUGCAGGUCUCUGCUGCUGUUGAGUUAACUUCUGCAUGUCUGAAAAAAUAGUAUUUUUCUUUUUAAACGCUAUAUAGAAUUCUAGGUUGAUGAGGGUUUUUUCUUCCAUUCCUUUAAAGACCUUACACUGUUGUCUUCGAUGGUCCCAAAGCAGUUUUGCUCAGGACUGUGUCCCACUAUCAGACACCAUGUCUCAGGACUCGAGCUGCUGCUCGCUGCAGCGUGAGGUUUCGUUCUGGCUGGUGGGAGCUUCCACUUUCCCAAGCCCUCCGUGAGCCCACUGACUGUUCCUUUCGGUGGCUCCUGCUUCCCCCACACUCACCUGAUGGUCUGUACUUUGCUGAAGUGUUGAGGGGACCCUCUGCCGCUGUGUAACAUCCUGUUCUGUAAGCUCUGGGCUCUCCCUCCCCACACUGGCUGGGCCUUGCAGCGCUCACCUCAUCUGUUUCUCCUUCGUAAGGGAUGGCGGUCCUGUGCUGCCAGAGUCCAACAUCUGGAAACAUGCAUGUGGUCCAGCUUGUUAGCUGUUUCAGGUCGAGUAAGUCUGGUCCCUGUUUCUCCAUCUUGGUCCCAAGCAGGGGCCUCUUCAGGUCUUUUAUUUGAAGUCAGAAACUUUACAUUUAGAGGAAGGGACAGAGAGAGGGAGGGGAGAGAGAUAGAAUUUAAUAAAAAUCCGAGAGAUUCAUUCUGUGCAGUUUUAAUUAUCUUACGCUUUUAAUAACCUUCAACUUCUUCACGUUUUAAACGCAUUGGAUUGAGUAUACGUGGGUCACGAUUGUUUAAAACCCUUAGGGCUAUAGUUUGUUCUAAGAGUAACAUAUAUGCAUGUCAUAGAUAAGGGUGUCAGGCCUGUAAGUGUUGAGUGUAUACAAACCAAAUAUAGUAUAAGGGAAAGGCUUCCAGAUUUUUUUUAAUGAAUACUUGUCCUGCCACUUAAUAAUCGCAUAUUCCAGAGUAAAUCUCAGUCUCUGCUACGGUGUACUCCUUGGUUAAAUUUUUGUGAGAGGAUCAAGGUAUAUAGCAUGUAUAAGUGCUUUUAAUAAAAUGUAAAGUUAAACAAAUGUAAGGUAUUACUCAUUUUGCCAGAGAGGGAGGGGCGUGUGCAUGUAAUAGUUACAAAUCUUUCUCCACAAACUAAUCUGUGUGUAGAAUAUAUAUCUAAAUACUUUACAUAGAUAAUCUUCAAUCCAAUUCUGGUCCCCUAGCCACUGGGCUCAGAGUGUACUAGUAUUCGUUCUCCGUUAUCCUGAGCUCUUUUACCUCUUUCCAAAUCAUGCAAGACCUGGGCCCCUUGCACAUACAGUUGCCUCCCUAAUUUCCCCUCAUAAAGAGGAAAUAAGGUGGAAAGCCAUUGAUUCCCCAGUUGACCAUAAAGUUUGGCCAACAUGCUCGCUACCACUUCCCAUGGUCUCCCCUCAGAUUCUGCUGUUCACCCUGCAAAGCCUCCAUUCUUUCCUGUCUAGUCCUUGAGUGCAUUACAACGUGAGUGUGCAAUUUCUUUGGAGAUACUGAGUGGACUUUUAUAAAAAUGUAAAACAUUACUUCAAGAUAUAUUUUCUUCGUACUACCCCCAAAUUAUCAUGUACAUUGCAUUUGUGAUUUUAUUUAGGUCUUUUGUUUUGAAUGGGUUGUGAAACCCAUAUGUGAUUUUUAUAUUAGGGAUUGAAUUAAUGGUUCUAUGAUGAAUAGUGGACAUCCUGUUUUGAAGAAAUCAUAUUUUGGGCAAAAUGCCCAUUAGUGACUUAUGUUUUUGCCAGUAGUUUAGUUCAGAGCCUCUGGGAUCUUUCUCUCUCUUUUUUUGUUUUGUUAGGAAGUGAUGAGAAAGUUUGAUUCUUUUGCAUUCUAUUUUAAAUUCCUGUAGCAGUGAUUUCAAAAUAGCUUAUUACUUCGUUUUUUGUUAGUGCAGCUAAUUCAUCAUUGUUUCUUUGUUUUUGGUGCUUCACUUCCUACUUGUAAGAGCAUAGUACUACUUUUAAAAUCCCUGUUUUCAUUUUGUUUCCCUCUUACCAUCCCAGUUUUUCUAGUCAGUUGUUGGCUUGUCCAAUUGAAGCUAGAGACACACUUGACAUAUUAAUUCAUUGACGUAUUAAUUUUGGCAAGUCUUGGUAUGCUCUCUUUUGCCAAUAAAAUUAUUGAAAUUGAAAAAUUGGGUGGGGAUGUCCACGAAAGACAGAAGUGUUUCCCUUGGGCAUUAACUAUUAAGCCAGUUUCUCUAUGACAUAAGAGAGAAGUGUUAAACCAACGUUCACGGCAUGCCACUGGUGGAAGCAAAUAUAUGGUUCUCUCUAAAAAUUUCACUUCAACAGCAAUCAUCUCAAGUCAAGUCUAAAACCAGGACUUUUCAAUAGCUAAUGAAAAAUAUAGCAAUUUCCAAUAGUAACUGAAAUGCGUUUUGUUUUUUUCUGUUUGUUUUUUUAGGUUUCUUAAUUAUCCUGUGAAAUGUCAGGCAAGAGUCAGGACAGCUGGUUAGCAUUGCCUUAGUUCUGCCAUAGAAUCAAAAUCUUUCCAUUGCUGGAGGCAAUUCAGAGAUUGCCAUUUCACACAGGAAACUGAGGCCUG